AUGCAAUCGCUCCUCGCUGAGCGGAACUCUAUACCUCGUCGCUCCGCCUCCCCCAUCGCUCCAGUCAAGCACGUGGCUAUUCCCGCGUCUCCGCCGCCCGCGCCACCUCCGGUCGUCGAGGUCCGCCCGACCCUACCUCCGGGCGAGGUAUACGAGCGCCUCGCGUGCGUCGGCGAGGGGACAUACGGCAAAGUCUACAAGGCGCGGAAUGCGGAGGAUGGUUCGGUAGUGGCAAUGAAGCGAAUACGGAUGGAAGGGGAGAAGGACGGAUUCCCGGUCACGGCCAUGCGGGAGAUCAAGCUGUUGCAGGGGUUGAAGCAUGAGAAUGUUAUUGGGCUGGUCGAGAUGAUGGUCUCGAAAGGCUUCGUCUAUAUGAUAUUCGAAUACAUGGAGCACGACCUCACCGGUCUCCUCGCCAAGCCCGACUUGACGCUCUCCCCCGCCCAGAAGAAAUCUCUCAACUACCAAAUGCUCGACGGACUGGCAUACCUCCACGCCCACUCCAUCCUGCAUCGAGAUCUCAAAGGCUCCAAUAUCCUCCUGGACGGCCGAGGUACCCUGAAGCUCGCGGACUUUGGGCUGGCCAGGUUCUACAGCAAACGGCGGAAAGACGACUAUACAAAUCGCGUCAUUACGCUGUGGUAUAGGGGUCCGGAGCUGUUGUUGGGGGAGACGGUGUAUGGCCCGGAGGUGGAUAUCUGGUCUGCUGGCUGUAUCAUGCUCGAGCUCUCUACCGGCAAACCCAUCUUUCAAGGCCGAGACGAGAUCCACCAGCUGGAAACCAUAUACGAAAUCUUUGGUACCCCUUCCCUCUCCGCCUGGCCCACCAUGGUUGAACUACCAUGGUACGAGCUCGUCCGGCCCAAAUCCACCCUUCCUAACCGGUUCCGGGAAGGCUUCCGCGGGAAGUACCUUACAGAUGCGGGUUUGGACCUGGCGGAGCAGCUUUUGGCGUAUGAUCCGGCCAAGCGGGUCAGUGCGGCGGAUGCGCUAAAGAGCCGGUAUUUUACGGAAGAGGAGCCAGGGAUGGAGAAGCCGGAUCUGGGGGAACAUGGGGAGUGGCAUGAGAUGGAUGCGAAAGCUACGAGGAGGAAGAAGAGGGAGGCGGCGGGGGAAAGUGCGGGGCGAUGA